AGUUUAUGCGAUAUAACUGAAAAAUGUCAGUAUCUUGAAACUCUUAUGUUAAAGAUAUCGUUUCGUAGAUAUUUUGUAACGGAUAUUAUGAAUAUGAUUUCUUUUUUAAAUCGAAAAAUUGUUUUUUCAAGAAAAGAAAUAAGUUUAAAAAGAUACUUAAGUGCACAGGAUAUAAUGGAUCGAGAUAAAAAAUAUGGAGCUCAUCAUUUCCAGCCAUUGCCAGUUGUUUUAUCAAAAGGAGAAGGAAGUCAUGUAUGGGAUGUUCAAGGAAAAAAGUACCUUGACUUUAUUGCUGGUUUUGCUACUUUGAACCAAGGGCAUUGUCAUCCUAGGUUAAAAAAAAUUAUGCAUGAACAAAUAGAACUUAUUACUCAUACCUCCAGAGCAUUUUUUACAACCGCACAUGGAGAAUUAGCUGAAUACUUGACAAAACUUUUGGGUUGGGAUAGAUUUUUGCCUAUGAAUACAGGUGUUGAAGCUGGAGAUACGGCAUUAAAACUAGCUCGCAGAUGGGGAUACAGAAUUAAGCGAAUUCCAGAAAAUAAAGCUGAUGUUCUUUUUUCAAAUAAUAAUUAUUGGGGACGUUCAUUAGCAGCUAUAUCAGCUUCUACAAACCCAUCAUUUUACAAUGACUUUGGCCCAUUAAUGCCUAAAUUUGAAAAAGUUGCUUAUGAUGAUCUGGAUGCUCUGGAAUUAAAAUUUAAAACCAACCCCAAUAUUUGUGCAUUUAUGAUGGAACCAAUUCAAGGCGAAGCAGGAGUCAUUGUACCAAAAGUAGGAUAUUUAAAAGGCGUAAGAAAAUUAUGUACAAAAUACAAAGUAUUAUGGAUUGCUGAUGAGGUUCAAACUGGAUUAGGUAGAACUGGAAAGCGUUUAGCUGUGGAUCACGAAGAUCAGAAGCCUGACAUUUUAAUUCUUGGUAAAGCUUUAUCAGGUGGAAUGUAUCCUGUAUCUGGUGUUUUGGCUGACGAAGAGAUAAUGUUAUUACUUGAGGCUGGUACACAUGGAAGUACUUUUGGUGGAAGUCCAUUAGGUCAAAGGAUAUCAAUCGAAGCUGUAAGGAUAUUGGAAGAAGAAAAUCUUGCAGAUAAUGCUGAAAAAAUGGGUGCUAUUAUUAAAGAAGAAUUGCAAAAAAUACCCAAAUUUCAGGUUUUAGAAUUCAGAGGUCGCGGAUUAUUAGCUGGAUUAGUGCUUAAUAAAGAUUUUGCAGACGGCUGGGAUUUUUGCUUAAAAUUACGAGACGCUGGUUUAUUAUCCAGACCUUCUUAUGGUCAAAUCAUCAGAAUAGCUCCACCACUUGUAAUUACUGAAGAAGAACUUCGUGAGGGAAUAAAUAUUAUUAUUACUACAUUGAACAAAUACAUAAAAAAAUAAAAUUUAUAAAGUGUAAAGCAAUAAAGAAUUUAAAAAUA